AUGGCUAGCUCCGACAGCACUGCCAAUUCCGGAGAAAUUUUCACCCCUCCGUCUUGGAUACCAAAUCAAAGCAAGACAAAACCUCAAAAAAUUUCUGAUUUUUUGUUCUAUUUUGCCGAAAUUAACAAGCGAAUGAACAAACACUUGGAGUUUCUUCUACAUGGUAAACAGGUUGUGGUGCGAAAAAUGGAAAAAGGGGAAUCGAGUCGAAAAAGGAAGCGAGAUGUAGGUGAAGAUGUCCGUGAAGUCGAACGGUUUUUUCCUGAACCUGAAUUAGAUGACGAUGUCGUAAUAAUCGGGGAACAACGGGUUUCAGAUCAACAACCUCAAAUUAAGGAAGACGAAGAGACUAAGGAAGACGAAGAGACUACGGAAGAGACUGAUCAAGAGACUGACAAUGAGAAUCAGCCCGAGAACGAGAAGAUCUCAAAAUCUCAUGAAGAAACCAGAAAUGAAGAACAAGUUGCACCAGUAAUGGAUGCCCUAAGGGAAGACAUUCCUGAAGAAGAAGAAGAAAAUGAAGAUGCUGGUAUGGCCUCCAAGCACGACUCUAUUUCUGGAUACGGGAACUACUACGCAGACAGUCAGGGAUCAAGUUAUGACUCCGAUAUGUACGGCUGGAAGAGUCCUUACUGA